AUGGCAAUGUCGGAAGUAAAUGAGGAUAAGCAUUCUUUAAAACGCUCUUUCAAUGAAGAAGAAGCGGAUUCCAUGAGGAAGAGAGAGAAAGUUGACAAUGUUUCAGGGUCUACUUCUAACGAUGAUCAAACUACCAUAAAUGCUUCUGUCAAGAAACACAAACCAAUAUCAAGUGACCUUUAUCUAGAUACCAUCAAUCGUAAAUUAUUAGACUUUGAUUUCGAAAAAGUAUGUUCAGUCAGCCUUACGAAUCUCAGUGUUUAUGCUUGCUUAGUUUGCGGAAGAUAUUUUCAGGGACGAGGUCCCUCUUCUCAUGCAUACUUUCAUGCUUUAAAUGAUAAUCAUCAUGUGUUCGUGAAUUGCUCGACUUUAAAGUUUUAUAUUCUACCAGAGUCAUAUCAAGUAGUGUCUAGUGCUUUGCAAGAUAUUGCUUAUGUUAUUAAGCCCACAUAUACCCGUGAAGAAGUUGCUAAACUGGACCGUAUUCCUCAGGUCAGUUACGAUUUGAUGCAUAAACCUUAUGUACCAGGCUUCGUCGGACUCAAUAACAUACAAAGCAAUGACUAUUUCAACGUCAUCCUUCAAUUACUUUCUCAUGUAAAGCCUUUGCGGAAUUAUUUGCUACUUAAUAAUUUUGAUGGCUGUCCUCAUAUUAUUCAGCGAUUAGCAAUUACUGUCCGUAAAAUAUGGAACCCCAAAGCAUUUAAAGGGCAUGUUUCUCCACAAGAACUGAUUCAUGAGGUAACCCUUUUAUCCCAUAAAAAAUAUUCAAUGAAUGAACAAAAAGAUCCUUUAGAAUUUGUAUCAUGGCUCUUGAAUACAUUGCACGUUUCUUUAGGCGGGAAGAAGUCAACGAUGGAAAAGCCAACUUCUAUUAUUCAUUACAAUUUUCAAGGUCAUGUGCGUGCCGAGUCUCAAAAAAUCCGUCAGCAUACAGAAAAUGGGGACCACGUAGUAUUUGAAGGAGACCGAGUUAUUAAAACGGACAUUGUUCCAUAUCUGUACCUUACACUGAAUCUUCCUCCAAGGCCUUUAUUUCAAGAUGAAUUUGAAGGAAACAUUAUUCCUCAAGUUGAACUUGUAAAACUACUGGAAAAGUAUAAUGGCGUCACAACUCAAGAAUUAAGUGGUAUGCGCCGGCGUUUUCAUUUGAUGAAUACGCCGCCAUAUCUUCUAUUUCAUAUGAAGCGUUUUAUGAAAAAUAACUACUUUACUGAACGAAAUCCUACCAUCGUCACGUUUCCUCUUGAUAACCUGGAUAUGAGUCCAUUUAUCGAUGAUGCGUUUCUGAAAGCACACCCAAAAAUCAUACCAAGGUACAAUCUAAUUGCAAAUGUCGUUUAUGAAUCAGUUUUGUCUGCUGACGGGGAAUCGCACGUCUUUCGAGUACAGUUACGAAAUUCAGCAUCGAACAAAUGGUAUCAAAUUCAGGAUUUGUAUGUCGAAGAAAUAAGCAGCGAUAUGAUUAACUUGGGAGAAAGUCUUAUACAAUUAUGGGAGCGAGUACAUUAG